UGGUGAGUGGUGAGCGCGGCGGCCUGCUCAGACCCCGCUGGCUGGCGCUGCCUCAGUGUGAGGGCUGACAGUGCCGGGGCGGGAUGGAGGAGGAGUUACGGUGUGGACACUGUGGCGGCUACUACCACGUGCCGGUUUUGUUGGCGUGCCGCCACGCCAUGUGCCUGGCGUGUGCAAGGGAGUUACAGAAGCCCGCGGCGGGUACCACGCGGGUGGAAGAGGACGGCGGUGGCGGGGCGGGACAUGAGGAGGGCGGCGGGGAAGGCGCCGAGGUAGACAAGUUGUCGGUGCUGAGCGACGCGGACUCCGGAGUGUCCUGCUCAUCCCGCCCUGCAAGCUUGGUGGGCGGCGACCCCCCGCCGCCCCCGCCUGUGUACACUGUCACCUGCCCUCUGUGCAGCGCCGCCACGCCCAUGGACGACGCGGGGGCGGCGAGCUUGCCCAGGUAUCGAGUGCUGGCUGCCGUGGUGGACAAGCACCUGGAGCGGUACCAGGUGGCGGAGCCGUGUCAGCUGUGUGAUGGUCAGGGGGCACCGCGCCCCGCACAGCUCUUCUGUGACCAGUGCCUGGUGUUUUACUGCGGGCCGUGUCGCGACGCGUGCCAUCCUGCCAGGGGACCGUUGGCAGCCCACUGGUUGGUGAGCGUAAGCGAGGGGCGCGCCCUCCUGCGGGCGCGGCGGCGGGAGCGGGAGGGGCGUUGUGGCCACCACCCAGGGGAGCACGUGUCCAUGUAUUGCCUCACCUGCCGCCUGCCUGUGUGCGUCCUGUGCCUGCACCACGGCCGCCACCACGCCCACGACGUGCACGCUCUCAACGCCGUCACCAAGGCGCGUAAGACGGAGCUGUCCCAGGCCUUGCAGCAGCUGUCAGAGAAGGCGCGGGCAGCCACUGACUACAUCCACACCCUCAAAACCAUGGGGGAGGAUGUGCAGGGCCGGUGCCGCGAGGUGGAGGGCGUGAUGGUGGCGCAGAUAGAUGCCCUGGUGGAGGCGCUGCAGCAGAGGCGCGGGGACCUUAUCAACUGGGUGCGCAGACAGAGGGACGCCAAGGUGCAUGCGCUGAGGGAACAGGUGACGGACUACACCCACACACUGCAGUCCACCACCGCCACUAUCCACUUCUGUAUUGAGGCCCUGAAGGAGUCCGACCCAGCCUCGUUCAUGGAGGCGCAGGAGGUGCUGGAGGAGCGAGUGGUGGGCAUGGGGAGGGACUGGGAACACAACAUGAUGCCAGAGCCCAGAGUGUCACCCACCUUCAACCUGACUCUGGAUGACAAGACUCUCCUGGCCGCCAUCCAGCAACUGACCUUCAUCCAGCACAAACCACCAGGCACUCCUUCCAUGAUACCAGAGGAGUGCAGCGCAGAGAACAACAGUGUUACGAUCGCCUGGGCACCUCACCCUACCUCCCUCGUCACCGGCUACACCCUGCAGAUAGACGAUGGAUCUAAUGGGCCUUUUAGGGAGGUGUACACAGGAGAGGAGCGUGUGUGUACCAUUGACGGCCUGCACUUCGACUCCAUCUACCGAGCACGUGUCCGAGCGUUCAACAACACCGGCACAUCAGCAUUCUGUGAGCCGUUGUGCCUGCAGACUGCCCAAGUGGCCUGGUUCACCCUGGAGAGCAACCACCCAGACAUCAGCCUGGGGGAGGGAGGCUGCACCAUCGCUUGUGACUCCUAUGAGCACCGUGUGGCCCUGGCCUCCGUGGGGCUAUCCAGGGGCACUCACUACUGGGAGUUCAAGAUUGAGAGAUACGAUGGAAACGCUGAUAUCGCCUUUGGCCUCGCUCGUAGUGAUGUGUGUCGGGAGGUCAUACUGGGCAAGUGUGGAGGCAGCUGGAGCAUGUACAUAGACAGUGAGAGGUCCUGGCUGAUGCACCAUGGGGAACACUUCAGCAGGACGGCGGGCGGUGUGAGGGCAGGAGACGUGGUGGGGCUCCUGCUAAACCUCACAGAACGCACUCUCAAUUUCUACGUUGGUGGAGACUUGCAGGGCACCAUAUCCUUGGCUGGAGUGACGGGCGUCCUGCAUCCCGCCAUCAGCCUAAACCGCAGUGUUGUGUUGACCUCCCGCAGUGGCCUGCACCCACCCAAGCAGUGCCUGGCUGCUGCCACCGACCCUGUCACCUAGGUGCACACACACACACACACACACACACACACACACACACACUCACACUCACACACACACCUGCACUCUAUCAUGUGUGCAUCUAGUUAACAUCACAUACAUACAUAAACAUACACAUGUUGUACAAACUUGUUCGGUUUGGUCACACACACACACACACACACACACACACACACACACACACACACACACACACACACAAACAGAGGCAGCUGUAUAUAAGUUUAUGUUACUUGUGUGUAAAUGUAUGCGUGUGUUUGUGUGUGUGUGAAAAUACGUACAUAUAUACACACGGAGGACAGUUAGAUUUAGCGUAUAUAGUGUAGCGCUGUCUUGCUUUGGUCUUCUGUUCUUCCACCACUUUUACUGUUAUUUUUACAAACAUUUAUAUUGCCUUUUAUAUUAUUUACUCUUAGGUGUUGCAGAGUGUGGGAGGUGUGCUGGUUACAUGCAGUUACCCCCUUAAAGGAAGCUGGUUUUCAGUUAUAUUAAUUUCCUUUCUCUUUCCUACACAUGACUCAAAUCAUUAUUAUUCUUUGUAAGUCAGAAAAUGCAUCAGCCUCUUUUCAGAUAAUGCAGUCACUCCUUAAAUUGUACCGACUUUCUUUUUUACAUUUGUUUCUUUUUCUUAUGUAUAAUUCACUUUAAUCUUUCCUCCCAAGAUCAAGAACAAGUAUAGCCUCUCGCCAACACACAAUGGUAUUAUCAAUUUGACACUUCUCUACAUCAACUUAACACUAACACUUCCUUAUAUUGAUGUAACACUUCCCUACAUCAGGUUAACACUUUUCUACACAAGCUUAACACUUUCCUACAUAAGCUUAACACUUCCUAUGUCAACUUAACACUUUCCUACAUCAGUUUAACACAUUGUACAUCAACUUACCAAUUCCUUCCUACAUCUGUGUCAAUGGAACAUGUGAUUAAACCAAUGAUGCUAAGAAAUUCUAUUGAAGUUUUUAAGGAUAAACUUUUAGAAUUUCCAUGAAUUUUUAGGUAAUUUUAAUACAGCACUACUUAAAGUAAUACAAAUACUUAAUACAUUUACAACAACACAGUUCUGAUCUUUAUGAAUUGUGUUGCUUUUCUAAUGUAUCCUGCAGUUCGGAAUUGGGAAGAAGAGUUACGUGUUUUAGCUUCCAAUCAGAACGGAGUGAGGGUUAGAAGAUUAGGUCUGAUCAGUGCUUGGGUGGGUGUGAUCGGACCAGCAUUAGAAUGUAAGGGAGGCUGCAGGAAGCUAUCAGACUUACAUGUGGCAGAUGAAGAAGAUAGAGAAGGUUAGAUGUAGAUAGAACCCCCCCCUUAUCACAUCAUUUAUUGUGCAUUUUAUAAACUCAGUCUGAUAGAAGUCACUUUUCUCAGUCAGAAGAGCCAAGGAAUGUCAAUAGAAAGGAGGAAAGA